CUGCUGGGAGCGUUCAGCAGAUUCACAAGUGAGUCUAACAUUUACUUCUUCAUCACCACAGGAUCUGUUAUCUCAAGGGAAGUAUGAUGAUGCUGAAACUGUGGACUCUGCUUCUUGCCUAUUCGCUGAUGGUUUGUCAGAUGUACGUCUCGCAGGCAGCACCCUCCAGUAAGGAAUUGAUGUCGGAUGGACUCACACUAUCAGGUGACGAUGCACAGAAGCUGCUCAGAGCUAUCAAGGACUUCAUGCAGAUCACUUCUGACGAGCAAGACCCUCAAACAACUGAUGGAAACAGCCUGGAUAGACCCAUGUCUAAACGCUGCACUGGCUUGAGCACGUGUGUGCUGGGCAAACUCUCCCAGGAUAUUCACAAACUGCAAACCUAUCCCCGCACCAACGUGGGAGCAGGGACGCCCGGCAAGAAGCGAAGCCUAUCCGAGUCAUAAAAAAACUUCAGCACCUCCUCAUAUAAUUGAAACCCUCAGUUAUCUGUUUGUCUUUCUGUUUGUGUUAACGUUUGCUUGUUCAUUCAGCUUUAUCCAUUCAAAGACUGCUGAUGCAUGUGGACCCUGUCUUAUUUUCCACCAGCAGACUUUAGAGUUAUGCAGGAGACCUGAAAACUUUGGAUCAGCCGAAGCUGUGUAUCAGUGGUCAUUUUCUAAAACACAAUAAAAGACAGGAGCAACCUUUCUAAUGUUAACUUGUUGGUUCCCUCAUCGUUAU